GAGAGAGAGAUAACGCCCACUGAGGGAAAAUGCAUGAGAGGCAGGGAUUUAAAGCUAGGAGGAGAGCAGAAGAGCUCUCCCCCGGGAGCCGCUGGAGAGCAGCUACGCUGACGUGCGCCUAAAUCUUCUACUUCUGCUUCUCUGCCCGGCUUCCCUCCCUCCCCACCAAGCCUAGGGGGAGAUUACUAAGAUGGCCUCCUCCUUCUGGGCCUAUAGCCUUGUCAACCCCUCUGCCGCCGACGGAUUGCAUAAAGGAAGCUCGGGCUUGGCGGCCCGAGAUUCCGAGUUGAUGACUAAAUCCAUGAAGCCCCUUCUCCUCCGUCGUGCACCUCCGGCCAAGGCCGUCCACCAGCCAAGAUUGACCACGCUCUGCACGUCACUGAACACUCCCACCAUGGCCUCUGAGGUUCAGCUGAAGGAUAUGGAAAUGGAAAAGAGGAAUCCACGUACAGUCGUGGCCGUUAUCCUAGGAGGAGGAGCUGGAACUCGGCUCUUCCCACUCACUAAAAGAAGAGCAAAGCCCGCUGUGCCCAUAGGAGGUGCAUACAGGCUAAUCGAUGUGCCAAUGAGCAACUGCAUAAACAGUGGAAUUAACAAGGUUUACAUUCUCACGCAAUUCAACUCAGCAUCACUAAACAGGCACCUUGGCCGUGCUUACAACUUUGGAAAUGGAGUCAAUUUUGGAGAUGGAUUUGUUGAGGUCUUAGCAGCUACUCAGACACCCGGAGAGGCAGGAAUGAGGUGGUUCCAGGGGACCGCCGAUGCUGUGCGCCAGUUUCAUUGGCUUUUUGAGGAUGCUAGAGGAAAGGAAAUUGAGGACGUCCUUAUUCUCUCUGGAGAUCACCUUUACCGCAUGGACUACAUGGACUUUGUUCAGAAUCAUCGGCAGAGUGGUGCUGACAUUACAAUAUCAUGCCUGCCUAUGGAUGACAGUCGAGCAUCUGACUUUGGUCUAAUGAAAAUUGAUGGCAAAGGAAGAGUAAUUGCAUUCAGUGAAAAGCCCAGAGGAGAAGAACUGAAAGCAAUGGAGGUGGACACAACAGUUUUGGGAUUACCAAGAGAGGAGGCCAAAAACAAACCUUACAUUGCAUCCAUGGGAGUUUAUGUCUUUAAAAAGGAGAUACUUCUAAAUCUUUUAAGAUGGCGCUUUCCCACUGCAAAUGACUUUGGUUCCGAAAUUAUACCAGCAUCAGCAAGAGAGUUUUUCAUCAAGGCUUAUCUAUUUAAUGAUUAUUGGGAAGACAUUGGAACGAUCAAGUCCUUCUUUGAAGCAAAUCUUGCCCUUACAGCUCACCCCCCAGCGUUCAGUUUUUAUGAUGCACAAAAGCCAAUGUAUACAUCUCCCAGAAACUUACCACCAACAAAAGUUGAUAAUUGCAAGAUUGUUGAUUCGAUUGUAUCCCACGGGAGUUUCCUAGACCAUUGCCUUGUGGAACACUCAGUUGUUGGAAUCCGGUCAAGGAUAAACUCCAAUGUCCAACUAAAGGACACAGUGAUGCUUGGAGCUGAUUAUUAUGAAACUGAUGUUGAAAUAUCUUCACUGCUGGCUGAAGGAAGAGUUCCAAUUGGAAUUGGCGAAAACACAAAAAUCAGGAACUGUAUAAUUGAUAAAAAUGCCAGAAUUGGGAAGAAUGUCACAAUUAUGAACUCUGAGGGAAUUCAAGAGGCAGAUAGAUCGUCAGAAGGAUUUUAUAUUAGAUCCGGGAUUACAAUCAUCUUGAAGAAUUCAACGAUCAAGGACGGAUUUGUCAUAUGACGCUCAUCCCUCACACACUGUUUUGUUCGGCGCAUGUCAAAUUAUCAGAGGUCAAGAAAUUAGCCAAAGGAAAAUUGUAAAGGUUCAAAUUUCUGCUACAGUUUAUAUGGCACUUGGCAUGACAGUCAAUUCAUGUGUCAGUAUAGAGGAGGAGGAGCUAAGUACUUGAUUCGGUUCAUUUCA